AUGGACAAGAAUAUACAAUUAGAAGGCUGUAGAUGUAGUUAUUUACACGCCCUCUUUCGCUGGGCACCAUCUGCCCUAUAUACGCCGAAAGCAGCCAGCCAGCUCCUCGGCUUCGCGCUUCUCAAAUGGCUUUGGAACACCCUAUGGGUGAAUAGGUGCCAUGGAUGGUGUUUGAAGUUUCACGGAACAUUCGCAGCCCAAAGCAAGGCCGCGGCAAACAUGGAAACCCCAUCUCAUUUCAUAAUCGAAUCCCCGAUCCGGACAUGCUUUGCAACUUGCGUUUCUGAAACAUCGCGGAAACACCACACCAUCUCAACCUACCUAGUCUCGUACCCAAAGUUUACAAAUCUGGCGGCUACAUCUCCUUUCAUGCCAGCGGGAGUGGCUGUGGAGGAGGGCCAGGGUCAGACGAUUCGGGUGGCAGAGUUUUGGUAUGAGGUGGACGGGUUUAUGCCGAGUGCACGCUGGGUUCGCCACGAAGCUUGUUUUGCUUCACGGGAGGCUUGUUUUGAGGAAAUGUAUAUUCUGGGGAUCUCAUGUAUUACGGUAGAUAGAUGGCGGAGGUUCGCUUUCAACAGGGAGGACGGGGACUUGAGCGAAGCGCUGGAGCAAUCGGAUAAUAGAUGCCUAACACGAGAUAUGGGCGUCCAUGGGGCCGACUUGUUCGCGAAGCCUCCACACAGAGCAUCUAUAAUCAGCAUGGAGAAAGUUAGUGCAGGUAUUCAGAGUGAAAUGCUCGUACGUUUUCGCGAGAAGUGCCUUCCAAGGCCAUCAGUGACCGUACUUUGUGUGAUAUGGAGAUUUAUGGCCUCUCUUCAAGCAAUUGAGUCUGAGCAGGCAGCCUCCUCCGUCCACGAGCCUAAGAAUUCUAUCACAACGCAACUACUCAACAACCAAUGUCCAUCCAACGGCAUCAAUUCGUAA